AUGCUCUCGUCCAGAUUUCUAACGCGCGUUACCCCGCGAUUAAAAACAUUAGCAAGGAAUUUCCACUAUACGCCACUUGCAUUUAAAGUCAAACCAUUUCUACUGGCCGAUAUUGGUGAAGGCAUCAAGGAAUGCGAAGUUAUUCAGUGGUUUGUCCAGCCCGGUGCUCGAAUCGAAGAAUUCGAACCAAUAUGCGAGGUUCAAAGUGAUAAAGCGUCGGUCGAAAUUACUUCUAGAUACAAUGGUGUGAUUAAACAACUUCACUAUGAUGUGGGCCAAAUGGCUCUGGUGGGCAAACCAUUGAUCGAUAUCGAUGUAGAGGAAGAAGGGGCAAAUGAAGAUUCAACUGUUGUGGAGCAGGAAAGUCAAGAAGCUAAAGAACCCGUUGAGCCUGUGGUUUCUCAAGCUACUCAUACUCCCUCCAAUAGCCUGCAUAAACAAACAGGAAAGUUUGCUACUCUUGCUACCCCAGCGGUGCGCAGAUUAACCAAAGAGCUUGGAAUCGACAUUAGUUAUAUCCCAGGAACAGGCAAAGAUGGCAGGGUGCUUAAGGAGGACGUUAUCACAUUCCAUGCUAAUGGAAACAGGACCCCUUCUCCAGAAAAAAGUCAAGAAAAGACAGGGGUGACAGCAGAAACACCACCUCCUUUGGCACCAGUUGCACCACAGUUAGAAGAGCAGACUCUGCCACUAACGCCUGUACAGUCGCAAAUGUUCAAGGCUAUGACUAACUCCUUGGCCAUCCCUCAUUUCUUAUAUACCGAAGAAGUACAAAUUGAUGGGUUGACGGGUAUGCGGGCUAAGAUCAACAAGCUUCUUAAAAAGCGUGUCUUUGGUGAAAAUACUCCUGAUAAGAUAUCCUACAUGCCCUUUUUUAUCAAAGCCAUGUCUAUUGCUCUGAAAGAAUUCCCCAUUGUAAACUCGAGAGUUACAUUUGAUUCUGUUUCCGGGAAGCCUUUACUUGUGCACCGUCCCUUUCAUAACAUUGGAGUGGCCAUGGAUACCCCGUCUGGUCUUAUUGUGCCCAAUAUUAAAAAUGUUCAAGAUCUUUCUGUCUUAGAAAUUGCCGCAGAGCUUAACAGAUUACAAGCGCUGGGCGCUACUGGUAAGUUUGCAGCUUCAGACCUUCAAGGAAGCACAAUUUCAAUUUCCAACAUUGGAAACGUGGGCGGGACAUAUCUCAUGCCGGUAAUUGUUGAUUCCCAGGUUGCUAUUGUAGGAAUUGGCAAAGCCAGAGUUAUUCCAUCAUUUGAUGACAAGAUGCAAAUCAUUCCUAAGCAGGUCAUCAAUACAUCUUGGAGCGGGGAUCACAGAGUUCUUGACGGAAUGACAAUGGCUAGAAUGGCAGAUAGAUUUAAGCAGCUACUGGAAGAUCCAGAAUUGAUGAUUGUCAAUAUUAGAUAA